AUGGAUCAGUCGCUUACACAAUAUCCAGAACACAGAUUUGCUGUUUUGUUAUGGAAGUGCUUCCCACCAGUAUUUAUUGUUAUUGGCACUUGUGGUAACUUGUUGACGAUAACAGUGCUCAGUCAAAGAAAAAACCGGAACUCUGCGACGUCAGUGUAUAUUACCAUGUUGGCAUCAUGUGACAUAGUUGCACUAUGGACACCUCUUCUAACGCAUUGGAUAAAGUACACAUUCGAAAUUGAUUUGACGGACUUAUCAUCCCUGAAUUGCAAGAUUUUCUUCAUUUUGACUUACUUUUCAUUGCAAUGUUCGUCCUUAAUGAUAGUUGUCGUGACGUCAGAACGCGCCAUUAGUGUGUUGCUACCACACAAAGUCAAGAACAAAUGCAGACCCCGCAAUGCCAUCGCAGUGUCAGUUACAAUUUGUGUAUGUCUGCUAUCCCUAAACAUUCAUUGGCUUUUCGGCGUUGGUGUUAAAUCAGUUGAUACAUACCAACCUAAUAAUACGAUUGCACAGUUGAAAUGUCGACCAUUGACAGAAGACAGCAAGUACUUUAUAGAGGCAGUUUGGCCUUGGAUAGACCUCUCUAUACUUUAUCUGAUUCCAUUGGUAAUUUUAAUAGCUGCAAGUAUAGCUUUCUUAGGGCACCUUCGCAUUAACACACAUAGACGUCAAAAUCAGAUUGCACCUAUUACAAAUUCAAUGACAAAGACAUCAAGAAAAAGAAUGUCGUCUCAGUUAACAAAAACGCUACUGACUCUUGACAUCGUUUUCUUUUUAUGCACAACUCCUGUGACCAUCUAUAUGACCAUUUUUACUGGCGCGCUCUCUUCGCCCAAGCAAAGUCAGUACCACGCAGUUCAUGAGCUAUGGUGGGCAAUUGUGAACAUGCUUAUGUUUUUUAACAAUACGGUGAAUUUCAUUCUCUACUUUUUGAGCGGAUCUCGAUUUAGAGAUGAAGUUAAAAACCUACUGUGUCGUAAGAAAAGUAGCUCAAUAUCUGCUAUUACGGGAUGUCAAACAAUACCGAAAGCGGGGAAAGAUACCAAGAUAUUAAGUUCAGCGCAAGUUAACAAAUGUACAGGGGGAACUAGAGCCACUAUUAAACCAACGGCGGGUACUUCAAUUGAACAUAUAGCUUUAAGCUAA